AGCAUGGAGGCACCCUGGGGGAACAUCGACGCCGAGCGAGGCUGGUAUAUCUCUGCCCAGCAGCCUGAAGAGGAGGAGGCGGAAGAGUCGAGCCCGUUGCUAAGCAACGAACGUCACAGACAGGGCUCCUCAUUUGGCUUCUCAGUGUUUAAUUUGAUGAAUGCUAUCAUGGGAAGUGGUAUCCUUGGCUUAGCUUUUGUUAUGGCUAAUACAGGUAUCCUUGGAUUUAGUUUCUUGCUGCUGAUUGUUGCUCUCCUGGCUUCUUAUUCAGUUCAUCUCCUGCUAAGUAUGUGUAUUCAGACAGCUGUGACAUCUUAUGAAUAUCUUGGACUCUUUGCAUUUAGAUUACCUGGAAAGGUGGUGGUGGCAGGCACCAUAAUAAUUCAAAAUAUUGGAGCCAUGUCAUCUUACCUUCUAAUUAUUAAAACAGAGCUUCCUGCUGCUAUCUCAGAAUUUUUAAAUGGAGACUACAGUGGGUCUUGGUAUCUUGAUGGACGAACACUACUAAUAAUUAUUUGCGUUGCCAUAGUGUUCCCUCUUGCACUUCUUCCCCAAAUAGGCUUUCUUGGCUACACAAGUAGUUUAUCAUUUUUCUUUAUGGUGUUCUUUGCUCUUGUGGUGAUAAUUAAAAAAGCAUCCAUUCCUUGUCCUCUGAAAUUAAAUUACAAAGAGGAAUAUUUCCAGAUUUCAAAUACUACAGAUGAUUGUAAACCAAAGCUCUUUCAUUUCUCCAAAGAGAGUGCUUAUGCCAUACCAACUAUGGCCUUUUCAUUUCUGUGCCAUACCUCAAUAUUGCCCAUAUACUGUGAACUUCAAAGCCCUUCAAAGAAAAGAAUGCAAAAUGUAACCAAUACAGCAAUUGCUUUAAGUUUUCUAAUUUAUUUUGUGUCUGCGCUGUUUGGGUACCUCACUUUUUAUGACAAAGUGGAGUCAGAAUUACUACAAGGUUAUAGUAAAUACUUGCCACAUGAUGUUGUUGUCAUGACUGUGAAGUUAUGCAUACUAUUCGCUGUGCUUUUGACAGUCCCUCUAAUUCACUUCCCUGCAAGAAAAGCUUUAAUGAUGAUGUUUUUCUCCAAUUUUCCUUUCUCAUGGAUUCGCCAUUUUUUGGUCACUUUGGUACUAAAUAUUAUCAUUGUUUUACUUGCAAUAUACGUUCCUGACAUUAGAAAUGUAUUUGGUGUAGUUGGUGCCAGUACAUCAACAUGUUUGAUUUUUAUAUUCCCUGGACUAUUUUAUCUUAAACUUAGCAGAGAAGAUUUUCUUUCAUGGAAAAAGCUUGGGGCCUGUGUUUUGGUCAUCUUUGGAAUUAUGGUCGGGAGUUUUAGUUUAGCACUCAUCAUUUUUAAUUGGAUUAACAACUGAAAAAUAUUUUCCUACUUUACCUUAACAUGAAAAAUAGA